AUGGCUACAGAAAACGGAGCAGAUGAGCUGGGAAUCCAGAGCCUGUCAGCAGAACAGACACCUAAAGGUGCUUCAGGCGAUGGAACUCCAGCUUCAGAGGAAGACCCCAGCCCCCCAAAAGACCCUGGCACAGAGAAAGACCUGGGCCCCCUUAGCACGAAGAAAGACCCUGAUACUCCGCACCCAAAGAAAGGUUCAGAUCCACCCUUCCUGAAGAAAGAUGCCAAAGCCCCUGCUCCAGCGGAAAAGGGUGACCCGACUCCAGCCUCAGCCAGCAGCCAGGGCCCUUCAGGAGAGGGGGACAGGGAUGGGGGUCCUGCUGAAGGCAGUGUGGGGCCUCCUGCAGCCUUGCCCCAGCCCUCUGCCACCCCUGAGGCCAGCGUCCAGAAUCAGGAUGCCAACCAAGCACUCUCGGGCAAGCAGGGACCUGGAGAGCCCAAGGCGGGCAGGAAAGCAGCGGAGUGUCGAGAAGCAGGACGAAGAGGCUCACCCGCCUUUCUUCAUAGCCCUAGCUGCCCUGCUGUCAUCUCAUGCUCUGAGAAGACACAGGUUGAGAAGCCUCUAAGUGAGACAACAGAACUCAUCUUCACAGGGGUGUCUGUGACCCCCGACUCCCAAGAUCCUGGGCCAGCCAAGGCAGAAGGCGGGACAAACACCCUGGAAGAGAACCAGAAGGCAGAGGCAGAGAAAGCCCCAGGCCAGGCUGGCCAGGCUAAGGUGCAAGGGGACACCUCCCAGAGGAUCGAGUUCCAGGCUGUUCCCUCAGAGAGAGCGGAGGUGGGGCAGGCCCUCUGUCUCCCUGCCAGGGAGGAAGACUGCUUCCAAAUUCUGGAUGACUGCCCGCCACCUCCGGCCCCCUUCCCACACAGGAUCGUGGAGCUGAGAACCGGAAAUGUCAACAGUGAAUUCAGCAUGAACUCAAAGGAGUCACUGGGAGGUGGGAAGUUUGGAGCUGUGUGCACCUGCACGGAGAAAGCCACAGGCCUCAAACUGGCAGCCAAAGUCAUCAAGAAACAGACUCCCAAGGAUAAGGAAAUGGUGUUGUUGGAGAUCGAGGUCAUGAACCAGCUGAACCACCGCAAUCUGAUCCAGCUGUACUCGGCCAUUGAGACCUCACAUGAGAUCAUCCUGUUCAUGGAGUACAUCGAGGGUGGCGAGCUCUUUGAGAGGAUUGUGGAUGAGGACUACCAGCUGACCGAGGUGGAUACCAUGGUGUUCGUCAGGCAGAUCUGUGAUGGGAUCCUCUUCAUGCACAAGAUGAGAGUCCUGCACCUGGACCUCAAGCCAGAGAACAUCCUGUGUGUGAACACCACUGGCCACUUGGUGAAGAUAAUUGACUUCGGUCUAGCACGAAGGUACAACCCCAACGAAAAACUGAAGGUGAAUUUUGGGACUCCGGAGUUCCUGUCGCCCGAGGUGGUGAAUUAUGACCAGAUCUCUGACAAGACUGACAUGUGGAGCCUGGGGGUGAUCACCUAUAUGCUGCUGAGUGGUCUCUCCCCCUUCCUGGGAGAUGAUGACACAGAGACCCUAAACAAUGUCCUAUCUGCGAACUGGUACUUUGAUGAGGAGACCUUUGAGGCUGUGUCGGACGAGGCCAAAGAUUUUGUUUCCAAUCUCAUCAUGAAGGACCAGAGCGCCCGAAUGAGUGCGGAACAGUGCCUGGCCCACCCCUGGCUCAACAACCUGGCAGAGAAAGCCAAACGCUGCAACCGCCGUCUGAAGUCCCAGAUCCUGCUUAAGAAAUACCUCAUGAAGAGGCGCUGGAAGAAAAACUUCAUUGCUGUCAGCGCAGCCAAUCGCUUCAAGAAGAUCAGUAGCUCGGGGGCACUGAUGGCUCUGGGGGUCUGA